CGGAGUCUAGUCGGCGAUUGUUUUGUAGCCGCCAUCAUCAGUCGACGAGUGUUAACCGCGAUGUGCAGUGAGCUAGUUCCCUCUGGUGAUUCUGGUGCCACGGCUGCAUCGUCGGCAACAACGACUGCGGUCAGGGUGAACCUCACAGGCCUGAAACAACCCGGCACAUCCUGUUCGGAGGAUCCCAAGGAUCCGAAUGAUCCCAAGGAGCAAAGGACGUCGGGCUCCAGGCUGUUUUUUCAAAUUAAACGUCACCGCGGCUCAGUUUAUAAUCCGAAAAUCGUUGCCUCGCGUAUUUUUUACUCCAACGGGCUCGCCGAGAGUCGAAAAUAUUCGGUUCAAACUUCUCGAUUAAUUUCAGACGAUAAUAUAUCGUCAAGAAAAAAAUGCCGCUGGUACUUGCGAUUUUCCAAAACGAAAUUCGCGCGUCCGGAUAUUUCAGCAGUUCGUUUAAUACGCGUCGUUUACUUUCGUGACUAAAUCGAAUUAUAAAGGAAUAUAAUUAUUUAAUUAUCUCAUAAGAUGUAAAUAAAAAAGAUAACGCAGAUACGGUGGGUGCUUUUAAUUUUUCAUUAUGGAAGAAAUCGAAUCGGUAAAUUUAUUUUAAAGAAAAGAAAAAAAUUCGAUUCUUGUAUCGCACAAGAAUUUUGUGGGGAUUUUUUUACGAUUCGAGGAAACUCGAUUUUCGCGAGUGCGGAAAGUUUACGGACGAAAUCGUCGACGGUGGUGUCAGAAGAUUGAAUUGAUUCGUCGAUGGCGACGUGAUUACAACAGGAAAAAAAAACCGAGUGGUGAACGGAAGUUCGGCGAACGCUGAUCGCCGUGUAAGAAAUCGUUGCUGAGAUGGGCACAACAAUAAACGUAAUAAUUCCGCCAUGGUACUCGAUGCACCGGAUGUCCGGGUAGGCAAAUCUUCGCAUGGCGGGGACCAGCGAGACUUACAACGUCACGUGGCAUCCACACUUGUCUGCAUCUACACCUGCAAACGAAGUCCACGAACAAUUUUUCCGUGACUUUCCCGGCAAGGAUUCACCCUACACUACCCUACAGCGUGUUAUUAUGUUUCAGGCGAUAGUGCUCGCCCUGGUUCUAGGAAGCAUAAUCAUCGGCACAGUGAUAGGAAAUAUUCUAGUCUGCGUGGCGGUGUUUCUAGUUAAGAAACUCCGUCGGCCCUGCAAUUACCUUUUGGUCAGCCUGGCUGUGAGCGACAUUUGCGUGGCCUUACUCGUGAUGCCGAUGGCAUUGCUGUACGAAAUACUUGGAAGCUGGCCCUUCAACUCGACGAUAUGUGAUCUCUGGGUCAGCUUCGACGUCCUCAGCUGCGCCGCGAGCAUAUUGAACCUUUGCGUCAUAUCCGUAGACAGGUACAACGCCAUUACAAAACCGCUCGAGUACGGCGUUAAGAGGACGCCGAAGAGGAUGGUGUUGUGGGUCAGUUUCGUAUGGCUCGGAGCUGCCUGCAUCAGCUUGCCGCCUCUCCUGAUCAUGGGAAACGAGCAUACUCAUUCGAAAACCGGAGCCAAGCAGUGCGCCGUCUGUCAGAACUUCUUUUAUCAGAUAUACGCGACCCUGGCCAGCUUCUACAUACCGCUGAUCGUCAUGAUUGUCGUGUACUACAAGAUCUUCUGCGCCGCGAGAAAGAUUGUGCUGGAAGAGAGACGGGCCCAGAAUCACCUGGAGGCACACUGCUACCUGGAUAUCGAACCGGCUUCUCAACCCACGGCCAUAGCUAAUCGCCAACUCAUCUCCGACGUUCACGCCUCCCAGGGCAGCCCCCCUUGCAAGCAGCACCGAAGCUCCAGCGGGUCGACUACGUGCAGCAGCAACGCGGUGAGAUGCUUCGCCGGAGGACCAAGAAGAAGCAACGAGUCCCAGUGCCCGAUGUUGCAGAAGGUGGAUAAGCACACGUCGUCGGGAGCGGCGUCGAUACCGAUGGCGACAAAGUCGACGAUAAUUCGUAAUCACUUGAACAGCACGUGCAGCGUGACAAAUUCACCGCAUCGUAAAAAGCUGCGAUUCCAAUUGGCCAAGGAGCGCAAGGCGAGCACGACCCUGGGGAUAAUAAUGAGCGCUUUCAUCGUCUGUUGGUUACCGUUUUUCGUCCUGGCUUUGGUCAGGCCGUUCCUAAACGAGUCCAACGCCAUUCCAGCCGCGCUUUCGAGUCUCUUUCUAUGGUUGGGCUACUGCAACAGCCUACUGAACCCAAUAAUUUACGCGACCCUCAACAGGGACUUCCGGAAACCGUUUAGGGAGAUACUGUACUUCCGUUGCGGCAACCUGAACCACAUGAUGAGGGAGGAGUUUUACCAGAGCCAGUACGGUGACCCCGUUAAUAAUCACGUGACCAGAGCUUGCGACUUGGAGAGCGGAGGACGUUUGGAAAGCCACGGCGUCGAGGCGCUCGACGUAGCUUCCAAUCCGGCAAACGAAAGCUUUCUAUGAUCCACGUGGAACGCUUUGUCGAUAUACGAGCUAAGUGAUACCGCGAGAGUUAACAACGAGGAUUAGCCGCGUGAUUUUUUCUACCUAAAACACGUGGCGAACACCUCUCUCAAGGUCAGACGAAUAACCCCGUUCUUUCCAAGACACUUGACGAUGGUCCCUUUCGAUGGACAUGCCAAGGAUAUUGGGGAUUCUGACUAGAUACAAAAACGAACAAACAAGAUGAAGAAAAUGGUGAAGAAGAAGAGGAGUGGAAAAAAAUUGUACGGAAAUUGUGAAAAAUGAAGGUAUGCCGAACGGCUGUGAUGUGCAGGCGGCUUGUCAAUAAGAAGAUGGAUGACCGGCGCCGAUGGCGCCGGAGAAAGAUAAAAAAAAAAGUAAACCCAUACAUAGACUGGACGGUGUCGAUGAGAUAUGAUGAAUGAAAAGAGAGAGAGAGAGGGAGGGAGGUGAAAGGGAGAGGACGCGUAAAAAUACAAAAUUCCACGCGAAAAUGAGAGUAUAAAUCGCGAUCGAAAGGUAGUUUACCAUACGUGUUCUUUACAAAUGUGCCGAGGCCUUGCGAUUUCAGGCUCAGAAAUUGGCUGCGUGAGAUUUCUUUUCUCCCUAAUAGUAAAUUACAGGUACGUGAAUAUAUACCGUGAAACUGCGAGUACCUACCUGGUGAUAAGGGAUUGAUCGUACAACGUUACCCGGCAUUACACGAAAAUUACUCGACAGAUCGAUGCUGCUUACAACUGACGAUAAAGGUAAUGGAAAAGUAGCAAGAAAAUGUGAAAGGUCGCGUUGGUUAGCGGACAAUUGUUUUUAUCCCACGAGGUUAAACAAGCCGUUUAUCAAGUAAAUGUUUACCUUGAAUUUGACGUCACGUUACAGAGAUGUAUACAAUAUUGCAAUUAGACAUCUGGCAUGGACUGGAAGCGCUCGAACCUGUAAGGGUUACAAGAAUAUACUUGUACAUUGAAAAAAUAAUAAUCGUCCACGAUGUGAAACUGUAUAUUAUAUAUCGGCUGGCGAGAAGCGACGCUGAGCAGAUAUCGAGUGUUCGCGUUUGUUAAACACCGGACAGAAAUAAAAACAAAUCGAACGAUGAUUAACAAAAAAAAAAAAAAAGAAAAGAAAAAGCAAAGAAACGGGAAACUAUACCGACCUUCUCUCCUCCGUUGGAAAAUUACGAUACGACUCUGAACGCGGUUGGUGGGGAAAAAAAAAGAAAAUUCCAUUUCGAGAUUUCUAUGGAAAGAAACGCUGUUCGACGUGUCAAUAAAGAUUAUAUCCAACGUGCGUGACAAAAUCGGCAGGCGGACUACGACGAAGGGUGAAUGCCCGAUGUACACCCAACCAAGUAGGGCCAAGUAUUUCGAUUCUUCGAAAAAAAGGGGAGGGGGGUGGGUAGAGGGAUGGAAAAAAAAAUACCCAAUCAUCUUGUCAACCGAGCACACACUGGAGCUACUUCGUCUCGUCGUGUCGUACGGCUCGACUGAUCAAACAUGACGAAUUGCGUUCCAACUAAACAAACAGAAUCGUUCCUCUUCUAUUCACGUCUGCAUUGGUAUUUGCAAGAAAUUUGUGAUCCAUGUUAAGCCUACUUGGCCGAUAAUUUUCAGUCCCAGUUUUCUUCUUUUUUUUUUUUUUUUGGUCAACGAUGUAGAGUACUGGAAGAAAGAUAAAGGGGAGUAAUCGGUAAUGAAGAGAGAGGAAGUGAGAGAUCGUUUUAGUGAUUGAAACAUUUUUUUAAACCUAUUUCCGGUAGCAUUUUAAAAGUGAAUUUUGAAACAGAGACUUUAGAGUGAAUUGAAGUGUAGGGUACUAGUCAAAAUACUUGUAGUUCUAGUUUUGUGAUAAAUUUUACGAAUUACUUUUUAUCGGUAUGUCUAAUCAAUCAAAAUAUUUCUACGAUCGCAUACAAAUCCAUAUACGAAUUUGUUAGAAAUUGGCCGGAUGAGUCGUGAAAUUUGGUGAGAAAUACUAUUAUUUGAAAAUCGAUAUACUUACGAAAAGUUGGUACGUUGAUUGUUUAAAAAAAAAAUAACCAUUAUUAUAAUACUGUUACUAUCGUUAUUACUAUUUAUUAAGUCUGUGUUACGCUUAAAUUAUUUAAUAUUCAAGAAAAAUAUUCUUUUUUUUUCGCAAUCCACAACCAAAGAAUUAACUCUGGAGUUAAAAAUUAACGGUGUUGGUUAUAUUUAUCAUGUAUGAUAUAAUAAUUAUAAUAUAUGCAUAUUAUAUUGUCGUAUAGAAAGAAUAACAAGGCUCUGAAACUAAGAUUGAUUUCAGUUUCGCGAGUAAAUCUCUUGACGGAUUAUCCCUGCACGGUGAAAAACUUUGUUGAGAAACUUUUUUUUUUUUUUGUUUUUCCGUUCACCCCCUCCCUGGUUUACUCAAUCUAUCGUUUUUACAGAACUAGGCCAUUAGUCCCAUCCGUCAGAGUAGAUUAGUGCCAAAAUAAUUGAUCCAGCAGCGGUUCGUCAACAAUUGAGUAAUUGUUCAUUCCCGUAGCGAUUAUUCACUUUUGACAAUUCGCUAACAGUGCGAGUAUCGCAAAGAGAUCCAGAAACUAGUCAAUGACGUGCGAAUAGUUAUGCAUCAGGAGACUUGAAGUUGCGGUAUAUGCAAAUUUUACAAUUAAUUUUCAAGUACCGUGCUUCGUUUGCAAAUUCACACGGUUUUCGAUCCGCUCAAACACAUCCGAAAGAAUUAAACCGGUGGUAGAGUUGAACCGGUUCACGUACAGUAAUGGAAAGAGAAAAAGGAAUCGUGUCGUUUCGACAAUAACGAAACGAUUCUCGUUAUUUAUAAUCGCAGGAAAUUAAUAUCCGUUGACUUACUCGCGGUUCUUAUUACUUGCUUUUUCUUUCUUCUUCGCCAUCUCUCGAUUUAUCUCGUGAAAGUUUUCGCUCCAAUCUCGGAACGCGUCUUUAAGAUAGCAGCUUUAAGGGACGGAUAGACCGUAAUCGAUCCUGAAAUUCGCCAAAGCAACAAUCAAGUCCGGGACAAUCAUUCGAUUGGCAAAAUUGUCGGAUCGGAAAUUGGCAGUGAGACUUUAUUCCUCACUCUUCGGUGUCUUACACUUGAUCUAUAAACGGUUUCAGCCGACAGUCCGUGCAUAGAGAAGUGACCAAAAAAUAUAUCGUCGAGGGUAACAAAUCGCGAAACACAUUACCUUAUAAACAAUCAAAUAAUAACCCGAAUAAUUACAGUUGUGGAUAGAUUGAACGGUGAUAAUAACAAGGAAGUUAUCCCAGAUUUGAUUUCUUUUGUAACAGAUUAUAGUAGACUAAAAACUAAGCUACAAGUAUUUGUUUUCAACUGCCAUUAAACAUUUUAAGGGGGUGAAACCACCGUCCAAAGUAAGGCAUGUCGAACGGCGAUUUGGCAGUUUUUUUUUCUUUCUUGUUUUACUUGAGAAAACUACAUUUUUCAUUUCUCGUUGUGGGAAAACUUUUUCAACUGUAUUGGUUUAGAAAUAUUAUGUCCUUGUGUGCGAAACUACCAAAUCGUUUCUUGACAUGCCUUACUUUGGAGAGUGUUUUUACCCCCUCAAAGUAUUUAGUGGCAGACAAAAAAAAAAGACGUAUCGCUUAGUUUUUAAUCUACUGUGACGCGUUAGAAAAGAAAUCAAAUCUUAGAGAUCGACCUGGGAAAACUUCCUUGUAAGUCCGUCGUGUUAAAUUUGGGUUGUGUCUGAUCUAAACGUGUAUUCGUUUAAUCGUAAUCGUAAAUAGAAUUACCCCCGAGGUUAUUUCCGGCUUAGCGAACCGUCCGAUUGGUUGUUAAAACUCGAGAAGACAGUAUCGCCUGCAUUAUUUGCAAAUCAAUUAUUUUUUAACAACCUGUUUCCAAUACACCGUUCAACAGUCCUUUUUUCCCUCACGAGAAUCAGACGAUCAAUAAUACGGACGUUGAAUUUCUUACCGAAUCAACUAUUUUCGCAUCGGAUACCGUGCAACAUGUGCUUGGGUCACUGUUUCAUCGACUUUAACCCCAUUUCGCCCAGUCCGCUUCUCCAUUAUCUGCAACCUGGUGUUUUUCAUUCAGUUGCUUGCACGGUAACUUGCACGAAGUAGGCACGUAGAUUCGUAACAAAGAUCGAACGAUCGAUCGAACUUCCAGAGUCUCGUUUGGAAGGUGUAAGAGAUUCUCUUUGGCGAGACGAUUCUCGGAUUAUCACCCCACCCACCAAAGUUACCUACCAUGUUCCCCCUUAUAUCCUGUUGCUCGCAGCUCAUUGCGAGUCAACUCGGCAAAUUAGUCCGUCACCAAUGUUCCUUUCAUCAAGUAGGCACACUGUACAGGCCAUUCGGUUCCGCAGGUUGUGAGGUGAGCCAAUUGCUACUAGGGAUAAAUUCCUUUCAUGCUUUCACACUCGACUGAUGAUUAGCUGAUCAGUGAGAUGCUCUCGUUAAAGGUACACAGCCAAGAUUGAGCGUUGUUAAUUUCGACUCUCCCGGUCGGAUGAUCAAGAAUGCAAAUAUUAAUCAAGGCUGAAGACUGGUAUCUGCAUCCAUUCGAAUAAACAAUUUUUCUCAUUUUUCAAUCUUGGAUAUCAGUCAAAGUUCCGUCGACCCGUUUGCUAUUUUUCGUUGAUGAUCGAUCCGCAAUUCAUACCGUAAUUGUACAGGUGAUAUUCUUCUGCCGCUUAGAUAGGUAUCGAAUUUAUCCCAACUCAGUGUAUGGCAAUAAACGGAUUGGCCGAAAGAGAUCAAGUGCGUGGAAUUAACAAUGCUUUCGAGUACUUCCAGGGUGGUUUUUAUUUAGAUUGUUGAUGAAAUUUAUCCACUCCACCCCCCCCAAAUCAACUUCAACUAAUUCAAACACAAUUUUCUAAUUUUUUUCAGAUUUAGACCACAAUUUUAAGAUAGUCCGCUUUGUGGUCGAAGUUUCUUAUGGAAAUGAAAUGGGAAAAACUUUUUUUUCUCAAAGUAUAUAUUUUAUUGUAAGAGUAAUAAUGUUCCGAAAAAUCUGUAACUUCGAGGUCUUAGUAGGUAUUAGUGCUGCUAUCUGAAAAAAAAUACACAUCAUCGUAUCAGGCUAUGUUCACGAAUUGCACACCCUGGAAUUUAUGUUCUUUUUUUUUUUUUGUACUUAGAGGAUAUUUUUCCCAUGUUAUUUCCACAAGAAACUUCGAUCACAAAGCCGACUAUCUUAAAGUUGAGGUAAAAAUAAGGACCAUCCUAGUGUACGUCAUAACUGCAGUGAUUUGUUAACGACUGGAUGGUCCGUCAUCUGCCACAAUUUAAUGCGCAUGCACGACAAUUGCCAGGGUUACCAACCGCCGGGAAUAUAACUUCAAAAAUUGUCACUGUUGUGCUCUAGAUCGACAGGUGUAAAAUUUUUUGAGGUUACGUUCGCGACGGUUGGUCACCCUGGCAAACAACUGCUUUUGAAUUUCAGCGCGUGCGCGUUAAAUUUUAGCAGACGACGGGCCAUUCGGUCGUUAGAAGUUCAUCCUGUAUAUUUACAGGUAUACGCAUCACCGAGUGUUAUUUCCGUAAAGCCAAUCGAACAGUUCCCGAUCUCGUAGCUAUGACAACGCAAUCAAAAUACUAGGUACCUGUUAAUACUGCGCUACAAGGGAGCUUUGUAGUCUUAGAGUAAAUGUCUAGAACGAAUCAGUGUCGGAUUUCAAGUGAUUUAUCUUCGGUUUGAGUAGGUACGAUUAUUUUUACGGCGUCGAAGAGUUUCGCAGCAAAUUCGCAUCGUCUGUGACAACGCCGUGCAUUCUGUGAUUUCGAAUACUAACCGUGAGCAUUUUCAAGCUUUAUUCGUUGAUUGUAAAAUUCGGUGAUAUUUUUAUCAGGAAAUUUUUGCAACGCGUGUUGCUUAUUUUGCAAUACCGAAUAACGCGACAAUUACCGACUGACGAAUGGCUCCUAAUAUCUACUUUUACUUUUAUUUCUACUAAGGCGUAUAACCCUGUGGUACCAAAAUUGCAUCCUCAACAUUCUAUCUGGUCUCGCCUUUGUGAUUUGAAAGAAAUCCGUGUGUUAGUUAAGUGUUAGGAUUUGUCAAAACAGUGUAAAUUUCCUGUAAAUAAAAAGAAAAAAAUUCUAUUAAGUAUAUUACAUUAUUCACAUUAUAUAUAAAGUUAAAAUGAAAUCGAAUCGGUUGAAAUAGUUUGAAAACUUCUGUAUCGUAUUUGUUAUACGAUAUUAGCUAUAGUAUUAUAAAUAGGUAAUAAUCAAUUAUGCUUAGUAAACUGCUUGUCAAUUUAGUCUUUUUCUAUAAACGGUAUACGUGAGUAAACGCGAGUGAAUGAUAAAUAGGCGAAUCAAUAUAUUACACGAGAUGUGUAAACUUAUGUAGUUAAAAUUAGGGCAUUUUUCGACCAAUAAUUGUGUACCCUGUAUAAAUUAUUCUAGAAAUAAAUAAAUGAAAUCUUUGCAUCAUAAGAUUGUCCUGAUUAUGGGAUAUUAUACUUUUAUCGAUGACGUAGUUAAUUCUCUAGAGCUGGCGUACAUAUAUCUAUACUAUAUUAGGGUGUUCUGAAAAUGAAAAGUUUUUUUUUGUCUUCAAACUUUCAUCAAAAUUUUGAUAGAAUAUCUCAAAUUAAAUAUCUUAACCAAACGUGAGCUUUUAAUAUUGAUAUUUAGAAGUGCUUAUUUUAUUUCUUUCAUUUCCCAUUUAAAUAAUACGUGAAAAAAGAAAAUCGGCAAGCUUCUGAAUUUUUUUUCUCUCUCAAACAGCUUUACUCAUAAACCAUCUAAAUACACAUUCUUGUAGCAAAUUUUACGCUCUAUUAAAAAAUAUAGAGAUAGAAUUUUCCUAACUCUAACUAAUUAACAGAUAUUUAAGACGACUCAAUGUUCAUAGGCGAAUAUCUCUUAAAUCGAUUAAAGUCAGAAAAAUUCUAUCUCGGUACUUUUUUAUACAGUGUAAAAUUUUCUAUAAGAAUCUAUAUUUAAAUAGUUUGCGAGUCAAGCAGUUUACAUAAAAAAAAAAUUCUAAAAUUUCCCUAAAGUUUCUUGAAUGAAAUACGAAAAAAAUAAAAUAGGAACCUCCAAAUAUCAAUAUUAAGAGGUCAUAUUUGUACGAGAUAUUCUACUUGAGACGUUCUACCGGAAUUUUGGUGCCCGUUUGGAAAAAGAAAAUUGUUUUUUUUCUUUUUCUAUAUAUAUAUAUAGUGUACACGUAUAAAAUAUAUAAAUCAUUCCUCAAAAGACAAUCAUUUCGACACUCGUUUUAGUAGUUAUUGCAUAGUUACAUUCCAACAACUUAUUAAGCUUGCUGGAUACAAGUCGAUAGAAUUUUAACGCUAUUACGAUAAUAAUAGAAACGGUGGUUAUAAUAACAAUAACAAUAAUAAUAAUAAUAAUAAUAAUAAUAAUAAUAAUAAUAAUAAUAAUAACAAUAUUAAUAAUAAUAAUAAUAAUAAUAACAAUAAUCGACAAAAAAAAAAAAAUAAUAAAACGGCAUUUGAGAGGCAUUUUUGCUAUACAUAAGUACUAUUGCAUACGGAGUAUAUUGUAUAAUAACAACACCUUGGCCAUCCGGUAAGUUAUUGUAUUCUGCUGACAAUGAGGCGCAAUUUCUUCUCGUAGAGAGGCUUGCCUGGGUAUUAUUAUCGUUGCGCGUGCAUGAUUUACAACUUCGCAUCCAACGCUGGGACGACGGUGUUCUCAUAGCUGAUUAUACGAUCCUGAUGGGGUUGCGGGUGAGAAUCCCUGAGAGAUGGAGGAAUUUCUACGAUGCAAAGUUAGCUGAAUCGCGGCUUUUGGCAUCGUUGAAACUUCAAAGUCUCAAAAUUCGAGCCUAAUUUAAAACAAUUUACGUUUUGUCACCUCGUUCAUUACGAUUUGUUGACAUUAAUUGGGUCAAACUUUUCACAUUUGGAUUGUACGGAAACAAAUUAACGACACCCGAAAAUAAUACACGUCUCGAUUAAACAUUGUUUUUCAUUAUUCUAAUUUUUACAAUUACCUUAGCUCGCCUUAUCGUUCGGAUUCCGAGGGUGGUGGUUGAAAAAAAAAAAUAAUAAUAAAAAAAAAUGAAAAAAAAAACGAAGACAAAUUGUAACGGAUAUUCCACCCUCAGGCAGCGAAAAAGUUGUUGGGAUCACUUUAGUAUUCAUAUAGACUUUGGUUACCAAUUUUAUUUUAUUUUGUACUGUAUAAUAAGCAGAAGUUACUGAACAAAGUUUGAACAGAACUCUUUGUUAUUGGCGAAUAAACGCUUCGGUUGUAUUUGCGUUGUUACAAAUUGGAUGAAUUCUGUUUUAAUCUCGUUUAAUAAUGAUAAAUUCGGCAUGAUUUUCAUGUCACUUAUUACGUAUACCUUUUCUCAGAUUCUGUUGUAAAUUGGCACGAAAUUCCGUAUUCUGUGCAUAACCGCAAAAUUUUACAAGAUCUUUCAAAAGAAAAUUUAAGGAAAGAAUUAAAGGGAUGCAAGAGUCGUUUUUUUCAAUAUAAUUUUAGAAACACUGAGAGCGCACAAAUAACAGUGUUCCAGUUUGGUUUUUUCUGAAACGUUUUGUCGACAAUAGCCGAUAUAUAAUUUUGCAAAUUCAUUGGCUUGCUUUUUACAACCGAAAUCAGCUUCUUCUUCGUUCAAAUUCCUGCAUAUAUUGCAAUAUUUUCUCACAUAUAUUCAAAAUCGAAACUUUGUUAAUCAGGUUCAGUUAUAGCUUUUUUAAACGAAGGAACGUCUUCCAUGUUUUUUCAAGGAUGUCACGCAGCUCAAAUACAUAUUCAUAGCAAACGAGCAUUCAAUCAUUAUAUACAUACAAUACUGUAAAUUUAUGUUAGUCAAUUUGAUGAAAUAAUUGCACCGAACGUCUGGACUAUUAAAAAAUUUCACGUCAUGUGAAUAAUUUUUUUUUUCUUUUAAUUUAUGACACGGCCUUUGAUAAUCCCAAUCUCUGUUUACCUGUAUAAUAUAUACUUGAUCAACUCGUGAGGAGGAGCUCAUAAAUUCAAUUUUUAUUCAAGUUUGUAGAAUAUUCUCCGAAAAAAUCGUUGAGAAAUACAUUAACAGAUUUCUUUACAACCCAUAUUAUACGAUUUGACCUUGCUUUCGAAAAGUACUGUAAGUAAAAGAAAUGUACAACGAGCAUAAAUACCCGUUCGUUCAUAAUUUCCCUCUAUGGAUUUUAGGUAGUUUUGAGCAUCGUAAUUAACGAAAAUCCGUGUUAGCUUGCAACGUGAUUCUAGGUCUUAUACGUAGAAAAUGACACCUAUUACCUAUCCUAGCCAAAAGGUAAGAGAUCUUUUUUUAUUCAAGUUACGAAGCGAGAGAAAAAUCGUUCCCUACAGUUUGAACCGAAUUAAAAUGCUGCGUUAUGUAAUUGUUAUGGGAAAAUUUUAUGGGAAUGUGCAAAGGAAAGUUUAACUUUUUAUUUCUUUGUUUUUUUUUUUUUGCCUCUUUUUCUUUACAAUGAUCGAUGCUAGUAAAAAUAACCAAAAAAAAAAAAAAAACAAUUUCAAGUCGGUUUAGUUGGUACCACAAUUAUUGACCCGCGGUACAAUUAUUACUCGAAUGGAAAUAAUUGUUUAUCUGUAACUGACAGUGAGAGAGGCUAUCUUAUUUGGGAAGAUGAAAUUCAAUGUUAAUUAAUUAAUUAUCCUAUAAAAAUUGUAUUUAAGGACUAUUUAUUUUCAUAGAAGCUAUUAGAUAUUAACGAUUACUGUAUAUAGUAUAAUAAUAAUAAUAAUAAUAAUAAUAAUAAUAUUAAUAAUAGUAAGGUCAGACAUGAACAAUAUCUUGACUCGAGUUGUAAUCGAAUAUAAGCCAUGUAUAAAAGUGGCUUUUACAGGUGAGAUCGUCAAAAAUGCCCUAGCUUCCAAAUAAGAAAUACGUAUCUCUGUAUAUCAGUAUGAUGAAAAUAAAAAUGGACAUCGAACGUCUA